AUGGCCAUCCAUACACGGACGUACAAACUACAAACACCUCCAGUCAAGGAUCAGACGCCUCUGGCAUGCGACAAGACGCCAGGGCAGGACGCCAAACAGGUCACCCCCCGUUCGGAACCCAUCCCCGACCGCGCCAUGCUUGGUUCUGAUCCGCUCCCUAUGCAGGCUUCAUCCCAUCUUGCGGCCCCGGCCUUAUAG